AUGCGGUCGAUUUUAGGUGCAGCUGCCGUUCUCUUCGCCGCUGCUGUCUCGGCCGUCAGCACCGCUGGGAACCGGCUGCUGGUUGUACUUGAUGACGUGGCAGAGAAGGAGAACUACAAGCAAUUCUUUGGUGAUUUGACAGAGAGAGGCUAUCACAUCACCUACGAGACGCCGAAGAGCGAACAUGUCAAGUUGUUCCAUUUGGGCGAGAGGACAUACGACCACUUGGUGUUUUUGCCUGCAAAGGUCAAGGCCCUCGGACCUAACUUGACGCCCAACAUUCUCGUCGACUUCGUCAACGCCAACGGCAACAUCCUCGUCGCUCUGUCGUCCACCACGCCCGCCUCUUCGUCACUGACUUCCCUCCUGGCCCAGAUUGACAUUGGGCUCCCCGCUGAACGCACCGGCACCGUCGUCGACCACUUCAACUACGACGCUCUCUCCGCCCCCGAGUCCCACGACGUCCUGGUGCUCGAUGCGCCCACCAACGUGCGCCCUGGCCUCAAGAAUUACUUCGAGGUCCCGGGUGUCUUGUCCUUCCCCCACGGUGCUGGACACACGCUUGGGCCUGGCGCGCUCUUGACGCCCGUGAUCCGUGCCCCGUCUACUGCGUACAGCUACAACCCCAAGGAGCAGGCCGAGGCCGUGGACCCCGAAGAUCUCUUUGCCGCGGGCAAGCAGCUUACGCUGGUGUCUGUUUUCCAGGCACGCAACUCGGCUAGAGUCGCGGUUGUUGGGUCCGCCGAGAUGCUGCAGGACAAAUGGCUGGAUGCCAAGGUCUCGCGCCCAGAAGGCAGCAAGGUCAAGACUGAGAACCGUGAAUUCGCCAAGAGACUCUCCGGCUGGGCCUUCCAGGAGAUUGGUGUAUUGCGUGUGAACAACAUCGAGCAUCAGCUCAAGGGAGACAACGAGACGAACCCCGAGAUUUACCGCAUUAAGAACGAUGUCUCGUAUAGCAUUUCCAUGUCGGAGUAUUCCUGGAACAAGUGGGAGCCGUACACCCUCCCUGCCACCGACGCCCUCCAGCUCGAGUUCUCCAUGCUGUCGCCCUUCCACCGACUGGAUCUCCAGCCCCUUAGUGUCAGCGACUCUGCCACCGUCUACGGCACCAGCUUCACGCUUCCUGACCAGCACGGCAUCUUCAACUUCAAGAUCAACUACAAGCGGCCGUUCCUGACUUACAUCGAGGAGAAGAACACCGUCAGCGUGCGCCACAUUGCUCAUGACGAGUGGCCCAGAAGUUAUGUCAUCUCAGGGGCGUGGCCUUGGAUCUCUGGUAUUGGGGCUACAGUGGGCGGCUUUGUGGGCUUCUGUGCCAUUUGGAUGUAUAGCAAGCCAGUGGGGGGCAAGCCCAAGACCAAAUAA